ACCCCUUGUUUUUUUUCUUCUCCCUCCUCUUCUCUGGUAGGUCCACAAUGGUUGUACAGCCAGCAUCUUACAACACAAUGGUUGCAAUACGGUGAACGGGGAGUGAUUCAGCAUUGCAAUCUCGAUUUCUAGGGUAUUCUUCAUCCAUCGCUGGGUUUUUCUUUCUUUCUAGUUAUCUCCAUCUUCACGUUCAUUAUUCUGUGCGUGUAAAAGUCGUUAAAUGUCUCCCGUCGGAAUGUUUUGAACAGAACUGUCACCGGACUAGGAUCGUCGUCAGCUGGCACGGAAUGGUAUUUAUGAGGAGGGAUUUCUUCUAUUACUGCAGUGAACCUGUCCUGGAUGUGAAAAUAGCCUUUUGUCAGGUGUGUGUUCCUUACAGGUAAAAUAAGGGUUUUGGUAAACAAUUGGAUGUGUCAUAUAUCGGCAAACACUACAACAUGUCUAAAAGCAAAGUGGACAACCAGUUCUACAGCGUGGAAGUAGGAGAUUCCACCUUCACAGUUCUCAAACGCUACCAGAAUCUAAAACCCAUCGGUUCUGGAGCUCAGGGAAUUGUCUGUGCCGGGUACGAUGCGGUCCUCGACAGGAACGUGGCCAUCAAGAAGCUCAGCAGACCCUUUCAGAACCAGACCCAUGCCAAGAGGGCAUACAGGGAACUGGUGCUCAUGAAAUGUGUCAAUCACAAAAACAUCAUCAGUUUAUUAAAUGUUUUCACACCACAGAAAUCAUUAGAAGACUUCCAGGAUGUGUACCUGUGUAUGGAGCUGAUGGAUGCCAACCUGUGCCAGGUGAUCCAGAUGGAGCUGGACCAUGAGAGAAUGUCUUACCUGCUCUACCAGAUGCUGUGUGGAAUCAAACAUCUGCACUCCGCUGGCAUCAUUCACAGGGACCUGAAACCUAGCAAUAUAGUGGUGAAAUCUGAUUGUACGCUGAAGAUCCUGGACUUUGGCUUGGCUAGGACUGCAGGCACCAGCUUCAUGAUGACCCCGUACGUGGUGACGCGGUACUACAGAGCCCCAGAGGUCAUCCUGGGCAUGGGGUACAAAGAGAACGUGGAUAUAUGGUCGGUGGGGUGCAUUAUGGGAGAAAUGGUGCGUCACAAAAUUCUGUUCCCUGGCCGGGACUAUAUUGACCAAUGGAAUAAGGUGAUUGAGCAGCUGGGCACGCCUGCUCCAGAGUUUAUGAAGAAGCUGCAGCCCACCGUCCGUAACUAUGUAGAGAACAGGCCCAAAUACGCAGGCCUCACCUUCCCCAAGCUCUUCCCCGACUGCCUCUUCCCCGCAGACUCAGAGCACAACAAACUCAAAGCCAGCCAGGCCAGAGACCUGUUGUGUAAGAUGUUGAUUAUUGAUCCAGCCAAGCGGAUACAAGUGGACGAAGCCUUACAGCACCCCUACAUCAACGUUUGGUACGACCCAGCCGAGGUGGAGGCGGCCAGGGAUCUCGUCCAAAUAUCAAUGCCGCCUCCUGCUAUCUACGACAAGCAGCUGGAUGAGAGAGAACACUCCAUCGAUGAAUGGAAAGAACUAAUCUACAAAGAGGUGAUGAACUUUGAGGAGAGGACGAAGAACGGGGUGGUGAAGGGACAGCCCUCUACCUCAGGUGCAGCCGUGAACAGCAGUGGUGAGAGCCUCCCUUCCCCCUCCGUCAACGAUAUCUCCUCCAUGUCCACCGACCAGACCCUGGCCUCAGACACCGACAGCAGCCUGGAGACCUCUGCAGGACCCCUGGGUUGUUGCAGGUGACUAGCAGCCUGCCUGCGCAACCCUAUGUUCUUCAGAAGGUGAAACACAAUGUCCAAACAACCCAACCAACCUACCUACCAACCACUACCAAUCGAAAACCUAAAAAAGAACAAAAAUGAUUAAAAGAGAAAAAAAUUAUGAUAUGAAUGGGAUGAUUAAGGAAACAUAAAGUAAUUACUAUAAGAAUCACGAUUAUAAAAUUUAAGCCUGCAUUUUCAUUCAAAAAGAAAUCACAAAAGUAUAACGAAAAAACUAAAAUAAACUAAAGUGAAAUAUAUUUAUUAACUUCUAGUUGCUUUACUUAUAUCUCCCCCCUUAUAUGGCAUCAUAAAAAAAACACAAAAAGCUUAGACAGGCAUCUUUCUGUAAAGUGUCAUUAAAACUGGCUGUUCAUUCCCACAAUACCUUGCAAGCGUCUGUGCUUCAGUCACUGUGGCAAGGUGUGCUUUUUUUGAUCAUUACUGCACAGUACUAUAUAAACCUCCCUUCACUUUCCCCAUCACCUUAUGUGACGGUACUGGUAUGUUUUGAUAACGUCUAGGCUUGAUCCUGGGGUUGUCUCCUGUAUGGGUGUGACAGAUAGGUGUGUUUUGAAUACUGUUAUUCCUGCAGAGGUUAGUGCUAGUGUUCCACACAGCACAGCGCCCCCUGUCUUCUGUAAAUAUGUAAUUCUGUACAGCAGGGAGCUAGGCACACAGACAGACAGACAGACAGACAGAGUGGGACUGAUGGCCAGUACUGGAAGUUCUUCUAUAGCGCACCUUGCCACAUGACAUCACCGCCUUGACCUUUGUCCCCUUAACCUUUGCUCCUUGACCUUUCACCUUAGUUUAACCCCUUGCCUGUUAGACCUGCUGCAUGAUUACAAAAGCUAACUCUAAUUAUAUGAUAAAUGACUAUAGAUACUUUUGUUUAUAUAACAUAAGUAAUUGAACUUUUCAACCGGAGUGGUGCUGAAACCCAGGGAUGGGGGCGCUCUAGUUAAUGAUGGAUAGCUAUAUAUAUAUUAACAUACAUACUGUGAGUGAUUGGCUGCAGGAGAAGCCAUUGGGACGUACAGUACUAUCACUGUCAUCGCUGAGUAGGAUUGGGGUCAAUUCCAUUUCAAUUCAGUCAAUUCAGAAAGUCAACUGAAAUUCCAAUUCUAAUUCCAUAUUUUCAUCAUUGAAACACGUUCAGGAAGAUUGGAAUUUGGAACUGAAUUUUUCAAUUGACUUCCUGAAUUGACUGAAUUGAAAUGGGACUGACCCCAAACUUGUCGCUGAGCUGGAACCUUAAGUUCUCAUUUAUUUUUUGUGUUUUUGUUGAAAUGAAAUUAUAAAAUCCCUUCUGACUGCACCCCUGCACCACACCCACAGCCUGUCAUUCCAAACGUCACCUACCCACCGACCAGGGUGGUCACUCACUCUGUUUCUGUGUCACUACUGUGGAGUAAAGAAGAGGAGAGAAGGAGACUUAUAUGUGUGUGUUACUAUCUGAAGAACGCUUUGGGGGAGGGGGGGGGGGGGAUCAAGAGGUUACCUCAUAGAAUAGUUUAGUUCCUCAAUCGCAUCUGUCAUUUACAUUUAAAUGACUACUACUUACUGUAAUGACUACUACUUACUUACUGUAAUGACUACUUACUUACUGUAAUGACUACUACUUACUAUAAUGACUACUACUUACUGUAAUGACUACAACUUACUUACUGUAAUGACUACUACUUACUGUAAUGCCUACUACUUACUGUAAUGACUACUACUACUUACUGUAAUGACUACUACUUACUGUAAUGCCAUAUUUUGUCAAAAGGGAAUCAGCUGAUAUACCGACUACCUAUAAAACCAGUAAUGUUAAAAAGAAGGAUUUUAACUGGAAGUUUAUUUAUUAUUGAUUAUUUAUUAUUUCAUAGACUGAACCUGAAUAAUGGGAAGUGCCUUGUUUGGAAUGAUGCCGUUUCCUCAUCUUAGAUAUGCAGUAAUAACAACAACGAAGCAUUGAAAUGAAGCUGGUGUCCCGUAGGGUUGAAACAUUUCUGGUAACUUUCCCAGACGUCCCAGGUUUUACAGAAAUCCUGGUUGGAUAAUUCCCUCCCUUUUCAUUCCCUCCUGAUCCCAGGAAUCCUCCCAUUUAUAAUCCUCAACUUCAUGAAAACCUGUGAAGUUUGGGAAAGUUUACCAGAAAUAUUGAAACCUUAGUGUCUGGCCUGUCCUGUUCAAUCUGUUUCCACAUGGUGUCACUGACUGCACCUACCUGCACAUAGUCACCACCACUGACCGAUACCCAUGUCCUCUCUAUAGGAAGUACACUACAACCAUCACCAUGGUAUCGUUGCAUCUUUGACUAACUAAAUCAUGUAGAAAUUGGAACCUACUUUUUAAACACACUGGGAUUGUUGUUAAAAUGCAGUUAAAAACUCAUCAUCUACAUGUUUUUCUGACCUAUAUAGUUACCUAGCAACUGAGCAGAAUACCUUCUAAGUUCUUCUGACCUAUAUAGUUACCUAGCAACUGAGCAGAAUACCUUCUAAGUUCUUCUGACCUAUAUAGUUACCUAGCAACUGAGCAGAAUACCUUCUAAGUUGUUUUGUUUUGUAUCUGUAAAUGUCUUAUUUGAUCAGUGUCCUUACAUUUCAAUAAAGGGAUGAAAUAAU